AUGGAGAACGACCGUGGCGAGAUCGUCGAUCUCUAUGUCCCCCGCAAGUGCAGCGCCACCAACCGCAUCAUCAAGGCCAAGGACCACGGCUCCGUCCAGAUUUCCAUCGCCAAGGUUGACGAGAACGGCCGCGCCGUUGCCGGCGAGAACCACGUCUAUGCCCUCUGCGGGUUCGUGCGAGCGAUGGGCGAGAGCGACGAUGCCAUGAACCGGCUGGCGCAACGGGACGGCCUGUUGAAGAACGUCUGGAGCGCUCAGCGAUAA